UUGAACCCAAAAAAAAAUAGUAACGAUUUGAGAGAGACAAACACCCCUCACCUCAAAGGAGAGGAGCGACCAAACCUUCCAAUCACUAAGAGUAACGACAGCGCGGCGGCCACCGGCGACGACGCGUGCGGCGGUUCUCCUCCCCAGGUUGCAUCAUAAAAACAAUCCAUGGCUGACGAAACACAAUUAAUGGAACCUGGAAGAGAUCCAAGAAAGAGGAAGUUUGUUAAAAAUCAGCGCCAUAAAAAUUCUAAGCUGAGACCGAAAGGGAAGCCAGCACAACAUGGACAAAAGAAAGUUAAAGUAAACCAAGAAAUGAAGAAACUUUAUCACAAGCGAGCACGAGAGUAUAAUUCUGAUGACGAUGAAGAAGAUGAGACCGCUGUCCCUGCUACCACGAGGCCUAGAAGGAUGACAUCUAUCAAAUAUGAAAAGAAUGAGGUGGAUGACAUAGAAAAUGAAGAUCUGUCUGAUGAUGAAGGAGCGGCAGGGGGAGAAAAAGUGAAGAAUAAGAAUGUUACUUUUAUGAAAAAUCAUAACUAUGAGGGUGAAGAAGAAGACGAUGGUGAAAUUCUGCCAGGAAUUACAAAAUUCACUGAAGGUUGUAAAGCCUUUAAGUUGGCCUUCAUGAGUAUUGUAAAGAAGAGUGUUUCUGAUGACUUGUUGAAUCCAAUAUUGUCAGCGAACAAAAAUCUUGUUGUAGAAAAGCUUGCAGAAGAGGUUGCAGAACGCAAGGGCAAGAGAGAAGCAAGAAAGGAAAAGCAGAUGUUAGCAGAAAAGGGGCAUGUCAAACCUGCUACUUAUUUGGACACCCAUGAAAAGUUUCUAAUAAGUGUUGCUACAAAAGGAGUGGUCAAGCUGUUCAACGCUGUCAAUAAGGCACAGGUUGCUCAGAAAGGGUUCAACCCCUCAAGGAUUAAGGAUGCAAAAGAGUUAAGAAAGCGGACCAAAGAAGCCUUCUUUUCAGAGCUAGGGAAGCCAUCAUUGCCUGGCACGUCUGGAAAGGUCAAUGGAAGCACAAGCAAUGCAGAAGAUGAACAGCCUGCUUGGGCUCCGCUACAAGAUAAUUAUAUGCUGACGAGUUCAAAAUUGAAGGAUUGGGACAAAAUGCCGAAUAAAAAUGUAUCAGAUGACACUGGAAAGAUUUCUGAAGACAGUUCGGAUGAAGAUUAAUGUUUUAAAACUCCGUAAAGAAAGCAUGGAGAUAUUUAUGAUGGGACAAUCUGUCAGAUGUUAAAUACUUCACCCACACAAUUUGCUGUGAUAUGUACUUUAAUAUCGAACACGAAAAAAAUGAGGAUUUGAAAUAAGGAUUUGGUAAGGCUUGACUUUGAAAAGUUCACUAAGGCGACAAUGAAGGGUUGGUUGAGCAUGGGAUUGAUAGGGCAUCCCUGAGUGAUGUUUUGUGGAUAGUAAAGACUAAUGUGGAUCAUUUGUGGUGAAGAAAUUGUUUACCUCUUGACUCA